ACAAACUAAAAUUGGAAAAAAAAAAAAGAAAAAGAAAUAAGCUACGGAGCUCGCAGCAAUUACAAAGCAGUCCUUCACUAGUAUACAGUUCUCUCGAAUCUGCAUCUCUCAUCGCUGCGCUAAACUCAUUCCUAAUUGUUUCGCGAUAAUCGUUAGAUUUGUAAAAUACCAAUGUUCUUGACGAGGGUGUUUGGGAGGGCACUCUUUGGUGCUGCAGCCAAAUCCGAGGCCACAGUUUCCGCAGCUGCGGCUUAUUCUACUGGUGCACGCAACCCGCUUGAGGAAUUCUUUGAGGUCGAUAGAAAGCCAGAUGAUGAGAAGCCUGUUGUCUAUGGGCGGAGUUGGAAGGCUUCCGAACUUCGUCUCAAGUCUUGGGACGACCUUAAUAAGCUCUGGUAUGUUCUCCUGAAAGAAAAGAACAUGCUAAUGACUCAGCGACAAAUGCUGAAUGCUCAGAACUUGAACUUUCCCAGUCCCGAGCGUAUUUCAAAGGUACGCAAGUCAAUGUGCCGAAUCAAACAUGUCCUAACUGAAAGAGCCAUUGAAGAGGCGGAUCCUAGGAGGUCUGCUGAGAUGAAGAGAAUGAUCAAUGCCUUAUAACUUCCAAUUUCGUGUUCGGUGUUUAACUGAAUUCAUUGAUUACUUGAUAGGUCCUUUUGUCUGAGUGCAAGUAAUCUCUCAACAUUAUGGAUUAUUUUGCUGCAGCAUAUUAGUCAUGUUUCAUCUUUGGAGGCGUUUAUAGAUGAGAAAUUAAACCCUUCUGAGUGUUGACUGACUUAUUAAUAUAUAUUCAUUACAUUAUUUAUUUCUUUA